CGCGGUCGGUGUCGCGCCAAGGGAUCCCAGCAGUGGGAGGAUUUAGGAAAGCGCGUCCUCCUCCCCUCACGUUCACCCCUCCCCUCCAGCCGUCUCCGCGCUUUCACGGUCAUUCAUCGCGCUUCCGUCGGACUCGUCUCGCACGCUGCCUUUCUCCCGUCGCGUUUGGACGAUGUUUGCGUGCAGAGCAGCCUGGCAGAGGUGUGGGCCCCUGGCCCGACAGUCCCUGUCCCGCGCUCGGCUCGGUAGAGAUGUAGUUCCCCAGCGGCUCAUGUCGUCAGUUCCUAGCGGAUCUGGUGAGAAUUUAUUUUAUGUUGUCCUCUGCGGUGGAGCCUUCGUAGGUGCCGUGGCAUAUGCUUACAGAACGGUUACAACAGACCAGGAACGUUUCGCUGAUCGUGUUUCUGAAAUGAAUGCUCGCCCCAAGUCUGACUGGAAACCCAAACCGUGGCCACCCAAGAGUGGGGAGGAGGACGAUGAGGAAGCUAGUGCAGAGGUGGCAGAGACUGUAGAGAGCGCAGCCGAGGAAGAUGUUCCUGCUGAGGCACCUGAGGUCUUGCUGGAAACAGCCGAGGCCACCAGAGAGAAGGCGGGGACUCUAGAAACCGUUGUGGAAAAGGUUGCCGAGACGGUGGCAGAGACUGCAGAGGUGGUUGCGGAGGUGGCAGGGGUCGUUCAUGAAACGGCGGAGGAGGUGGCAGCGGUGGCAGAAGAAGUUCAGAAGGUAGCAGAGGAAGUAGAAGCAGCCGCAGAGGCUGUGGUAACUCCGGUCAUCCAAGCUGAAGAGCCGGCGUCAGAGAGCAACGGGACAGUUAGCACAGCAGCAGAAACAGUAGAGCUGGCUGCUGCCUCCGUGAUCGAGGUUUUUCCCGUGGAGUCUGUGUCUGUGGAAGAUGUGCCAGUUGAAGCUGUACCAGAGGAGCCCACUGAGGUUCCUACAACAGAUCGUUUGGAAAGUGUACCAGUAACAGAGGUGGCACCGGCUGUUCCAGUGAUGGAAGAGCAACCAACUUCUCUAGUAGCAGAGGCACCAGAUGCUGCUGUAAUAGAAGAACCUUCUGUAGCAGAGCAAUUGUCUGUUCAAGUGACAGAAGAAACACCAGUUUCCCUUGAUGUAGAGGAGCCUGUUGCAGCAGUGAUAGAAGAGCCUCCAGUAGAAGAGGAAAAACCAGUUGAUUCACCAGCAGCAGAAGUAUUUGAUGCUCCAGUGACAGAAGAAACACCAGUUUCCCCCAUUGUUGAUGAGCCUGUUGCCACAGAAGUAGAAAAGGAGACCCUAGUAGAUUCACCAGCAGCAGAAGUAUUUGUUGAUCCAGUGACAGAAGAAACACCAGUUUCCCUUGAUGUAGAGGAGCCUGCUGCAGCAGUAAUAGAAGAGCCUCCAGUAGAAGAAGAAACACCGGUUGAUUCACCAGCAGCAGAAGUAUUUGAUGCUCCAGUGAUUGAAGCAGCACCAGUUUCCCCUGUCUUAGAAGAACCAGCUAUUGCAGCAGUGCUAGAGGAGACACCAGUUAAUUUACCAGUAUCCUCUCAAGAAGCACCUGAUGCCCCUGUGUUAGAAGAGGAGAUAUCAGUUGCCCCGGUGAUUAAAGAGAUGCCUGUUGCGCUUGUGCCAGAAGAGGCAGCUGUUUCCUUUGUAACUGAAGAAGCUCCUGUUGUUGUGGCUGAAGACGCUCUUAUUGUAGCUACUGAAGAACCUGAGGAAACACCUGCCGCCAAAGUAGCAGAAGAGGUUAUUCCAGUGGUUGAGGAAAUCAAGGUGGAAGAAGUGAUUGCAGAAAGUGCCAUUGUGGAGGCUCCAGUAAGUUUAAUAGAGGAACAAGCAGCAAGUUCAGUUGUGGAAGUUACAGAAAGUGUUGUUGAGCCAGAUGUCGCAAGCACGGUGGUCGCUGUGGAAGUUGCUCCAGCUGAAACAUCAAGUGCACCCUCAGAAGAGCCCAAACGAGACUACAUUGUUGUUGUCUUGGAGGGAGCUCCUAAAACAGAAAAAAAGCCAAUGGUGCUCGGUGUGUCCCCCGUGACUGGCAAGAUCAUCCCAGCCCCUGAUGAUGGUGAAGAGCCAGCGGGACAGGUAACAGGGCAAGCGCCGUAUGCUUAAAGUGCAGAUGUAUUAACACCAACUAAAAAAGUUGGGAGCAGUUAGAUGUCCUGGGAUAGUAAUCCAGUUCCCUAAAAACGAUUAGUGAUGUGCCUUCCUGUUUUCCUUGACUCCCUGGAUUUCAGUAAUCCUCACACUGGGCCCAGAAUGCGCUUUCUUUUCGACAAAAUAAUUAUCUUUUUCCAGUGACAUGCUCUCCACUGGAGAGUGGUUGCUUCACUCCACUCUGUUGUAAGACAAAUGUUUCUUGACAAUUACAGUUCGCAUGAAAAGCUGUGACUUAUUAUAGCCAUUUUUUGACUCAACUGCACAUUGGAGCCUAUACUAUAGUAAACCCUACCUCAAACAUCACAUUAUCAUGCUUUGGAAUUGGCAUGUCAAUAGUUACAACCAAUAGUUACAAAUUUGCCCCAAACACCGUCAUACCCGCAUGCUGGCUAUACGUUUUCUGUUUUUCAUCCGUUUUCAAUCUAUUUUCCAUUUGCAUUAUUUAUGAAUUAACACUUUUUAUUUGUACCUCUCUACCUCAGCUUGAAAAGACAGUGUUUUCAUUUUUUCCAGUAACCAGUAUUAUAGUAACUGGCUGGCAUUACAAAUGUGACAGGACUAGGUCAAAAAACAACUGUCAAACGGAUAACCUUUACCAAUUUAAUCAGUACAACAAUAAGCUAUGUUACAAAUCACAUUCCAGUAUUCAUUUCUAAUGCGAGUCUCUACAAUGUUAUGCAAAAGGCAAACUUCACCGAUGCACUCCUUUUGUCUCUGUUUUCUCUCUUGUCCGUACGUACAUUUAUUCCUUUGCUGGAUGAGGCAAAAACAAGGUCCCCAAACUUGUUACGCCAAAGCUACACUCUCAUUGAUACUACAGUUUUGAUGUUCAUAUGAUUUGAGAUUUUAGUCUGUUAAAAAGCCAUACUAUGUGGAGCCAGAAGGAAAAUUAGGGUCAGAUGUAUAAAAAUAAUAAAAUGUAAAAAAAAAAAAAAAAAAAAAAAAAAAAAAAAAAAAAUCCUUAUUUUCUUCGUAUUUCAAAAGGGACUUUAUACGUGUUAUAAGUAUAAUUACAACUACAUAAUGUGAAUGUAAGGGAAUAAUGGGAAGUAUGGAUCAGUAUGAAUCGUGUGCUCACAGGUUAUUUUUCUUUCUUUUUGUUUUUGAUGGUUUAGGGAUACACGUUUGUGUGAUUUUACAAGGCUUCUCUUUCACUUGUAGGCCCUAACUAGGGUUUUUAACUGUGAAUGUAUGUCAAAGAAAAAUAAAGGGUUAAAAGAU